CGCGCCAAGAGGUUGUCGGGACGUUAAGAUGGCGACUGGAGACUGAGGCUAGAGUGUUUUGUUUUUUUUUUUUCUCUUAAUUUCUGUCCGAGGAAGGGCGGCAAAUGUUUUUGACGCCUGAGUGCUCAUAUUUACGGUGAAAAAAAGCAACGCAAAAUGUCUCGACAUCGCAAUGUCCGUGGUUAUAACUACGACGAAGAUUUUGAAGAUGAUGAUGUUUAUGGGCAGUCAGUUGAAGAUGAUUACUGCAUUUCCCCUGCUACAGCUGCUGAAUUCAUCUACUCCAGACGUGACAAACCAUCUUCAUUCACUGAACCUUUGGAGGAGGAAGAAUUUGAGGAAGAGGAGUCUUCUUUGGAGUUUGUGUCACAGAAUCGAGACAAGCUUAGUGGACUUGAUCAAGCUCGACUGUAUUCAUGCCUUGAUAAUAUGCGAGAAGUCCUUGGUGACUCUAUCCCGGAUCCUGUUCUUGUGAAUGCAGCUCUUCAGUCCAACUUUGAUCCACAAAAAGCUUUGGACGUGGUACUUACAGAAGGUGGGCAGAAGUCAAGUGCCCGAAACCAAGACAGUGCUUUAGCAGAGAAGUCAGCCAAAGGAAGAGCAAGAGAUGUUCCUUUGAGUAAGCCGGAUCCAGAGAUUGUGCCAAAAGUUGCUAGAAUGACUGUGUCUGGAAAGAAGCAAACAAUGGGCUUUGAUGUUCCAAGCACAGAAGAAAAUGGUCAGUUGGGAGCAUUUCGCAAAGGGCCAUUGACAGAAGAUGUUGCCUCAGUGUCCAUCCUUACAGAGCCACAAUCCAAAGUAAAUAUUUCCCCACCACCUGCCCAAAAUCUCACUGAGGAACCCCCUGGUCAGCCUACGCCUACAAAAACAACCAGCAAAAACAAGCAACAAAUUAAUGUCAAAGCAGAACUAGAGAAGAGACAAGGAGGAAAGCCACUACUAAACCUUGUUGUUAUCGGACAUGUGGAUGCUGGAAAAAGCACUUUAAUGGGUCACCUCUUGUAUUUGUUGGGAAAUGUUAACAAAAGAACAAUGCACAAGUAUGAACAAGAAUCUAAGAAAGCGGGGAAAGCCUCCUUUGCAUACGCUUGGGUUUUGGAUGAGACCGGUGAAGAGAGAGACAGGGGUGUAACUAUGGAUGUUGGAAUGACAAAGUUUGAAACCAAGACUAAAGUGAUAACACUAAUGGAUGCACCAGGACAUAAAGACUUCAUUCCCAAUAUGAUAACUGGAGCUGCUCAGGCUGAUGUGGCAGUACUUGUGGUUGAUGCCAGCCGUGGGGAGUUUGAAGCUGGUUUCGAGUCAGGGGGACAGACUAGGGAACAUGGUCUACUUGUUCGAUCUCUUGGUGUCACCCAGCUGGUAGUUGCUGUCAACAAAAUGGAUCAGGUGAAUUGGCAGCAGGACAGGUUUCAGGAAAUUUCCACAAAGCUGGGGCAGUUCCUGAAGCAAGCUGGCUUCAAGGAUUCGGAUGUGUCUUAUGUUCCUACCAGUGGUCUAUCAGGAGAGAAUUUAACAUCUAAGAGCAAAGAACCUGAACUCCUCAAAUGGUACAAAGGAUCCUGUCUUUUAGAGCAGAUUGAUUCCUUCAAGCCUCCACAAAGACCUGUUGAUAAACCAUUUAGAUUGUGCGUUUCCGAUGUAUUUAAAGAUCAAGGGUCUGGCUUCUGCAUAACGGGCAAGAUUGAAGCAGGUUAUGUGCAAACUGGAGAUCGAAUUUUAGCAAUGCCGCCUAAUGAAACCUGCACUGUAAAAGGAAUUUCAUUACAUGAUGAGCCAAUCGAUUGGGCAGCAGCCGGAGAUCAUGUUAGUCUCACUGUGACUGGCAUGGAUAUCAUCAAAAUCAAUGUUGGGUGUGUAUUUUGUGAUCCUAAAGAACCCAUUAAAGUGUGUACUCGAUUCCAAGCAAGGAUUCUUCUGUUCAAUAUAGAAGUUCCCAUAACAAAAGGAUUUCCUGUGUUACUGCAUUUUCAAACUGUCACUGAACCUGCAACCAUAAGAAAAUUAGUAAGCAUCCUUCACAAAAGUACUGGUGAAGUGCUGAAGAAAAAACCAAAAUGCCUGACUAAAGGGCAGAAUGCCUUGGUAGAAAUUCAGACCCAAAGACCGGUUGCACUUGAACUUUAUAAAGAUUUCAAAGAACUGGGUCGCUUCAUGCUACGUUACGUUGGAUCCACCAUUGCUGCAGGUGUUGUCACAGAGAUCAAGGAGUGAUCAUGACAUCUGUUACUCCAGUUCCAUGAAACAACUUCACAGCUUUUAAACAUGCAAGAGCUGAAGUGGGCAAAAGUGCAAUUUCAGACCUCUUUGACAUGAACUUCCACCGUAAUUUCCUCCACUAGUGAUGCACUGCCUCUCUCAUUUCCAUGGAGUUUAACCAGAAUGACCUCAGUGUGUGUGGCAUUUGUUUGCACAUGAACUUUUUUUUUUUAUUAUUUUCCAAGAAGCCCAUAAAAAUUGAGCUACAUAGAGUCCAUCCAUGUUUUUAAAAGAAACACUUUACUUUUAUGUGCUGCUACUACCAGAGCUUCCAUUAUCAUGUUUUAAGUUUUGUUUAAAGGGAGUGGUGAGUAGCAGAAUGGUUAAUUGAUGAAGGUGCAAAUGCAAUCAAAAGAAGAAUAUAUAGUGCAGUAAAUAAGUGGUCCUCAAAUGUUACUUGAAUGUGGACAUUUCUCUUCAGAAUGUUACAUUUAAAGGGCAGGCUAAAUGACUUGGAGUGAGGUGAGAACAGACUGCAAAUAGUCUAUUUGCAUUAACUGUCCAAGAUGAGGCUUAAGUUGCCUUUAAAUUCAAAUAAAAAAUAAAUAAAAUUCUUUGGUUGAAGCAUCACCAGAAAUGCCUGCUUUAAUCGGCUUGCCUUUGUACUGUUUUU